AUGCAUCGCGCCACUGCGCACGAGGCACUAAGCCUGCGGCAGAAGAAGCGCAAAGCCUCGCCGACAUCUGCUGCACGCGAUGGAUUGAGCAAGAACAAAAAGGUGCCAAAAGUGCAUCGCGCUGCUGUGCCCACAGCACUCUCCUUGCGAUUCAAGAAGGCGACCACGCCGCCGGCGGACUCCAACUACGACACCGACUCGAGCGAGGUCACCGUCGUUCCUGAAAAUGACACCAAUGGUUCGGCGAGGGAUGAUACUUGCGGCUCUGACGAGGAGGCCGCAGAGUCUGAUGGAGAAUCGGAGAAGUCCUGGUCUGGUAUUGAAGACAACGAAGAGGAGGAGCCGAUCUCCGCAGCUGACAACAAGCCCCUUACUAUGAGGGAUUACAUCGACAUCUUGAAGCUUAAAGCCCUUUCCAAACACAAGACCAAGUGGGGUAAUGAGUGGGAAGGCGAUGAGUGGGGAGAGGACAGUGACGAAGAAGUUGAAGAGGGCGGCGACCAGUACUUGACAUCUGAAGUCGGAGAUUCACUCAUCUCAGUACCAUAUGGCAACCAGACGAUUACCACGCCCCACACGUCCUUCAAGGCUACCAGGCUGAAUGAGAUUCGGGCUGCUUGCGGUCUGCCCGCGGAGGACUACCUGGACAAGGAGAAACAGCCGCGAUACAAGACAGAGUCGGAAUGGGGCUGGCCAAAGCAGGCUAUCCACUGGAAAAUAGACCUCAUCAACGCGGUAGCUGACCUUGCUGCCGAUUGUCCGGAUCCUGUUAGGGCCAACAGGCUACUGUGGGCAAAGAUGAAGAAGAACAAGAAGAUAUUCGGCUUGGACCGAGCUGUACAGCCGGCAGAGGUUCGAGCAGUGGUGUCUCAACUGCAGAUGGAGAAGGAACAGAAGCUCGCCCGCGUCUCUAGCCUGCUGCAGUGA